GGGUAAGUGCGGAACACAAUCGCUGAUGUAACAUUUGUUGUAAUUCAUUCAUAGUUCACAUUGUACUAUGACCAGCGAGCUCUAGAAAUGUCCAUUGUCAUAUUGAACGUAACUGUUCAGUGAGCGUAGCUAUUUUGUCGGUCAAGUGAAGUUUUGAGCAUCUUUAUAUGCCUGGUAUUUCGCGGCGGCUAACUACCUCUUCGACCGACACACUGCGACACGCAGACCGAGCUAGACCGCCAUGGCAGAAACAGAACCUCAAGUCCAAUUUAAGCUUGUGUUAGUGGGAGAUGGUGGUACCGGAAAGACCACAUUCGUGAAGAGACAUUUGACGGGAGAGUUCGAGAAGAAAUACGUCGCCACACUCGGAGUCGAGGUACAUCCCUUGGUCUUCCACACCAACAGAGGUGCCAUCAAAUAUAACGUUUGGGACACGGCUGGUCAGGAAAAGUUUGGAGGCCUCAGAGAUGGCUACUACAUUCAAGCCCAGUGUGCUAUCAUCAUGUUCGACGUCACAUCCCGAGUUACCUACAAGAACGUGCCCAACUGGCAUCGUGACCUGGUGCGAGUCUGCGAAAACAUUCCCAUUGUGCUUUGUGGUAACAAAGUAGACAUCAAAGACAGAAAAGUCAAGGCCAAAAGCAUCGUCUUUCAUCGCAAGAAGAACCUGCAGUACUACGACAUAUCGGCAAAGAGUAAUUACAACUUCGAGAAGCCCUUCCUCUGGCUGGCACGGAAGCUGAUCGGUGACCCCAACCUGGAGUUUGUGGAGAUGCCCGCGUUGGCCCCGCCCGAGAUCGCCAUGGACCCCACACUUGCUGCACAGUAUGAGCAUGACCUUAAAGUGGCGUCAGAAACAGCUUUGCCAGACGAGGAUGACGAUCUUUAACAUGUGACUCUUGUAACGCUCUUGCCAUUGGUUGGCCACAAGACAUCAGGUUGUGCCGUGGCGACAGAGCUAUCCCCCUCCACCCACACAACCUUUCCUCCUGACACCAACCCCCCCCAGCUCCCUUACUGUAAAAUCCCAAUGCAGAUUAUUUUUAUUUUUCAACUUUUCGUUCUGUUUUUGUGUUUGGAAAAAUGAGAAUUGAAUUUGUGUGGUUCUCAUAUUUCAGUGUAGAUCUUGCUAACAGUAAAAUCAUCAAUGCGCGGACCUUGCAUUAUUCAUAUGUACACAGUCAGAUACACUAGUGUAAGCGCUGGUUGAACGUUGAGAGCUUACAGUGUUGAGCGGAACUUGCGGUCUGUAAGACUCCCAGCACUUAGUUUAAACUUUGAAUAAAAACAUUCUGAAUA